AUGGCGCCGGUGGCGAGAUUCUCCGGUCGCCUGAGAGGGAGCAGUCUCUUCGAUCCCUUCGCGCUGGACAUGUGGAGCCCCUUCGAAGGUUCCCCGCGCAGCGGCGGCGGUGGCGGUGCCGGAACGACGUUCUCCGCCGGCCCCGGCCCAGACGGCAACGGGACCGGCUCUCCGACAGCGGACACGGAGACUGUCAGGGGGAGCUCCGGCGGCCGGCGACAAGCUCCAGAGAGAGCCUCCUCUGCCGGUGAAGGCUCGUCUUCUCGCUGA